ACAGCUGCCCAAUUAGAGAAUGACAGUAGGUUUUGGUAUAAAUACGAUUGUCCAAUCGUGGAUUGGGCAACAGUACGCUUUGCGACAACCGACGUGUGCAGACCAUUUCUGAAUAAGUUCUUCCCUUGCAAAUUUAUAAGAGACGAGAAAAUGUUCAAACUGGUGGCACUCUUUUUAUUCGUUAACGCCGUUGUAGGCAAAGUGACCGAAAAGCCUAAUGUCUCGGAUGCCGUAGAAGACACCGAAUUUCACUUGAUCCCAACACUGCAGGCCACUUCGAUAAUCCAGGAACCCACUUUGGCCAAAGUGGGCGAUUUGAUUCACAGUGUACCCACCGCUGUUUCCCAUCAGAGUUCGACCAUAGUUCACGAUCGCGCCAAUGUAGUCUCGCCGAUUGUAGCACCAGCAAUUAAGACUCAUAUCACUCCGGUUAUCAACUCGUACGUUUCGGCACUGGCACGUUCUUAUCCCAGCUUCUAUCCGUAUAGUUACUAUUAUGACUUCCAUCCUUAUACCUACAAGACUAUCUACUAAGCUUGGAUCGAUCGUAAAGAAUGUACCAUAAGCAUAAAAUUAUUGAAGUCUCGUAAGAAAUUGACUAUUAUGACAUAAACUCUUAUUAAAAAUAAAUGCUUUUAAGAC